GCUCGCAUAUCCUUCCCGUCAUAGCAUCGCAUCGUUCUUCCCCCAUUGCAUUGUUUCGUCCUUUUUGCAUGCGUAAUCCAUAAUCGAACCUCCUUCCGCGCUACCGCUCGAAAAUGGCCAAGAAGGCGCGCCAGAGGGUCAGCUAUGUCCUCGAGCUCCCAGCUGGUUCGCAAGGCGGCGGCCACAGACUAGGCGUCAAUGGCCUCGCCGUCGACAAGGACAAUGGCAUCCUAUACUCGGGAGCCCGCGAUGGCUACAUUUGCGCAUGGGACCUCAACCUCAACCUCCAGACUGGCGGCAGCGCACCACCCUCCGAGACCAAGACCAAGACCGCCUUCCGCUCCCAGACCCAGGCGCACAUGGCAUGGAUCAACGACAUUGUCCUCGCCAACAACAACUCCGCCGUCGUCACCGCCUCCAACGACCUGACGGUCAAGGUCUGGCGCCCACACUCCGAGACGAACGAUAUCGCCGCGACCAUUGGAGGACACGCCGACUAUGUCAAGUGCGUUGCCACGCCCCCUGGCGGCUCUGUCAACUGGGUUGCCUCGGGUGGCUUCGAUCGCAAGAUAUACCUGUGGGACUUGAAUGGAGGAGGCAAAACUCUCGAGAUUGACACCCAGGGCGACGAGGUUGCGGAAAAGGGCUCCAUUUACGCCCUGAGCGUCGGCCACAGCAUCAUGGCCAACGGCGGCCCCGAGUCGGUUGUGCGCUUAUGGGAUCCUCGUUCCGGCAAGAGGGUGACAAAGUUCGUCGGCCACACGGAUAACGUGCGCGGCGUCCUGCUCAACGAGGCCGGUGACAAGGUACUUACGGCCAGUUCAGAUCACACAAUCAAGCUCUGGAGUGUCACGGCUGGACGUUGUAUGUACACGUUUACCAUGCACGAAGACAGCGUCUGGUCGCUCUUCUCGGACGAUCCUGAGCUGGGUACCUUCUACAGCAGUGACAGGUCCGGCUUCGUUGUAAAGACGGACGUCCGCGGAAACCUCGAAGACCUCGACGACGGAAUUUCUGUUGCUGUCGCCCACGAGUCUCAUUCGAUCAGCAAGGUUGUGGCGGCAGGCGACUACAUCUGGACGGCAACCAACACUUCGUCAAUCAACCGUUGGUCCAAUGUCGAUACAGGUCCUGACUUACAGCUUCCCGAGGCCUUCCAACGCCAGCGCGCAGCAUCCACGGCUUCGAGAACUAGACAGCCCUCGAGUCCUCCGCCUGCGAACUCGCCAAAGAAGGAAAUCUCACCGAGAUCGAUCUUGCGUAUCUCCAACACGGCGACAUUCCCAGUCCAAGCCAAUCCUGGCCCGGAAUCCCCACCGGCAGUUGGGAAUCAUGUACCGCAUGGGACCGAGCCCAUCAACCAGAACCCGGAGGAGACUAUUGAAGGCCAGUUCGGUUUGGUGAAGCAUAGGCUCUUGAACGACAGGAGGAGAGUCCUGACGCUAGACACGGCUGGUGACGUUCUCAUGUGGGAUCUCAUCAAGUGCAAACCAAUCCAAAAGUUUGCGAAGAAGCAUUUGGAAGAUGUCGAGAUAGAAGUCAACACCACGGAAGCAGUAGCCCCGUGGUGCUCCAUCGACAUUAGCUCUGGAAGUCUGACUGUGGUUCUGGAGCCGUUCAAUUGCUUCGAUGCAGAGAUGUACGCGGACGAUCUGGAGUUGGAGGAGCCGGUCGAGUUCCGGGAAGACCAGAGAAUCAACCUUGGCAAGUGGAUUCUUCGCUACCUAUUUGCUGGCUUGAUCGACGAGGAAAUCAAGCGAGACGAAGCGUACCGUGCCACACUCAACGAAGCUGUAGAGCGGAGGCUACAAGCAAGCCGCGCGAACCCACCUUCGUCAAUAGCGAUGCCUACCGAUAACGCAUGGGAUGAGAGUUCGGGAACGACACCACGUGCGAAUGGUACUCACUACCCCAUGACGCCUGGCAUGGCUAUUGGCCUCGCCACGCCGGGAGCUGGCCGGCUUCACGACGUCCCAGAAGGAGCAGCCACACCUUCCAGUCCCCUUGACAACAAGUCGUCUCAGUUCAGCCGGCCAUCAACUGAGCGGGAAGACUAUUUCACAAGCGCUAUUGGACCGAUUGAAGGAGCUUCGAAGCCUACCGCAGCACCAGCAACGCCUGCCGAGCAAACAGCGGCUCCCGAUGCCAAGACACCGGCAGACACGAGCAAAGACAAGGAGAAGGACAAGGACAAGGAGAAGGAUGCAACCAAUGGAAAGUCACCCAGCACGGCGUUUGGCAAGAAGUUUCGUAUGGGCAUGGGUAUGUCUUUUGGCAGUAAGAAGAGUGGACGGUCGGCUUCGACUACUGCCCCAGAGAAGCCCGCCGUGGUGGACGAGAAGGCUGAAGAGUCCGAGGCUUCAUCGACGCACGAGAAGGAAGUCGAUGACAGUUUCCUGGGCGCCAUUCAAAAGAUUCGAAACGACUACGAUAAAUCGCUGACUGAGAAUCCUGAGAAGCUCAUCGAGACAAAGGUUACACCAAGCUUAGCAAACGACACUCCGGUGCUGAAAUUGCCUCCUGGCACAAAGGUUGUCCUUCAGGAAGAAACGACUGGUGGAAGUGCCAACAUAUACCAAGGCACUGUUGAGACGGUCGGCCAGGGUGCGGAUAUCAUUGAGCAGUGCGGUCCGAUGUGGUUGGGCGAGGUGCUGCUCCAGAAUCAGAUCCCUAUCAAGGAGCCUGUUAAGGUCUCGUUCGUCCUUCAGCCAUGGCAGAAUAGUCUGCCCGACAUUGCAACAACAGAUGGCAACAAUCGUCUUAACGCCAACAGAAUGCUACGAGUCAAGAAGAUCUUGGCCUACGUUGCGGAGCGCAUCGAUCCCCAGCCGGAGACUCCGGAGCCGGAUGCUCUUUUGCCUCACGAGUACUUGGAGUUAUACUGUAACGAACAGUUACUACCCAUCACAAUGACCCUUGCAACUCUACGAGCCCACAUCUGGAAGGGUGGCAACGACGUUCAGCUGUACUACAAGGCCAAUGGGCGCAAGGAAAUCAAGGAGAUCAAGGAGGCCCCCAAGGCGGAACCCGAGCCUCCUGCAGCAGCGCCAGUAGCAGCGGAAUCUGACCAUGCACCAUCGACAGGCACCGCAACGCCUCCAACGACAGGAUAGUCUCUGUCUCGACUGGCGGGCUGGUGGCAAGGGAGACCGCACCUUGAGGUGAGCUUGCCAAAGGCACAGCUGCAGAACUUCAAAACCAUGGAGGUGGUAAAGAAAGCCGACCAAGAGCAGUACAUGAAACGUGCGACAUCUGACCUCACUCCGCCACGGUCAUGGGGAUCAUCUACGGCU